AUGGAUUAUCUGGGGAUUAACAUUAGCUGCUUGAUCGGAUCUCUCCGGAACGGUGAGUUUCCGGCGAAAGAUUGUCUCCUUCCUCUCAUUUCGAAGCUUCUCGGUUACUUCCUCGUCGCUGCUUCAAUCACCGUCAAGCUUCCUCAGAUAAUGAAAAUCGUGGACAAUAAGAGCGUAAAAGGGUUAAGUGUAAUAGCGUUCGAGCUAGAAGUCGUGGGUUACACAAUUUCUCUUGCGUAUUGUCUUCACAAAGAGCUUCCAUUUUCAGCUUUUGGUGAAAUUGCUUUUCUUUUGAUCCAAGCUUUGAUCUUGGUGGCUUGUAUCUAUUAUUUCUCUCGACCUCUCUCUGUAACAACUUGGUUCAGAGCAAUUCUGUAUUUUGCUUUAGCACCAACUGUGUUUACUGGUAAGAUUGAUCCUUUGGUUUUUGAAGCUCUUUAUGCUUCAAAGCAUUUGAUUUUUCUAUCUGCAAGAUUACCUCAGAUUUGGAAGAAUUUCAGAAACAAAAGCACUGGGCAACUUAGUUUCUUGACUUGUUUGAUGAACUUGGGUGGAUCCAUGGCUAGAGUUUUCACUUCCCUUCAAGAGAAUGCUCCAUUUAGUAUGCUUAUGGGUAUUUUGCUUGCGGUCUCCACCAAUGGAAUCAUCAUGAGUCAGAUUCUUUUGUAUAGGAGCAAAGGGAAAGAAGAAAAGCAAGUCAAAGUUACAAAGGUGUCAUGA